GCAGCUCCAUUCGAAUUUCGAACGCCGCCGGCCGCUCCGCUCGGCUCCACCCCCCGAAUCCCUCCACGCGAAAAGGCACGCCGCGCACCAGAGCGGCGUCACGACACCACACUCCACUCUAGCCACAGCCAAGCGGCGGCCGCUCCGGCAGCGCGGCUAGCAGGAGGAGAGAGAGAGAGAGAGAGAGAGAGAGAGAUGAGGAAGGCGGCCGCGGCCUCGCGCUACGCCUCCUACGACGACUCCCCGUCGCCCUCCCCGUCCCCGCGCCGCGCCGGGCCUGCCGCCGCCGCCGCAUCGGGGACGCCGGGGCAGCAGCACGGGAGCCGCGCGCUGGUCGCGGUCAGAUCUGGCCGCGGCGACCUGCGCUGCCAGGCGCCGCAGCCCCACGGCAACCUGGGCUCCGUGCUCCGGAGGCUCAUCUCCAUGGACAAGAAGCCCAGCGCCAAGAACCUCCUCCCCGUCCCUCCCGCCGCCGCUGCCGCCCCCGCGAAGAACGGCAGCGGGGCCAAGCUGCCGGGGCUGUCGCGGAAGCUGUUCCAGAAGGCGCCGCCGGAGGCCAAGAAGAAGGCCCUCACGGAGGUCAAGAACAGCGGCAACGCCAACACGCGGACGCUCGCCAUGGUGCUGCGCAGCGAGCGGGAGCUCCUGUCGCAGAGCAAGGAGCAGGAGGACGAGAUCGCCGCGCUCCGCCUCCAGCUCGAGCAGAAGGACAGGGAGGUCGAGCGGCUCAAGGACCUGUGCCUGCGCCAGCGAGAGGAGAUCAGCACGCUCAAGGACGCAGUGCUGUUCCCGGACACGCAGCCGGACCUCCACGUCCGGGAUGAGAUUUCGACUCUCACCGGGCAGAUCCAAUGCCUUGCCGAGGAGCUCGCCCAGGUCAAGGCCGAGAAGAACACCCCAAGAUCAUGUUUUGAUGAUGAAUAUUGCUCCUCCCCAAGCACGCCCGUGCUUAACGAGGAGACCGCCUUCUCUCUGGAGUGCAGCAUCGGCGAAGCGGAGACGCCACCAAACUACGGUAGCCCUGACGAAAUGUUCGUCAAGGAUCUCAACCCUUGCCUAACCCCUUUCUCCAAGAGCAGAUCCGAGGUACCAAGGCUGUUUGUCAGCACAAUCUCCAUCCAUCUUUCCCAUAUUUCGUCCUCAAGCAGCCAAAUGCAUUAUCCUCAUCUUGAACAUGAAACUUCUUGCCAGGAGUACGAGGAAUCCUUGAGCUCUCACCGCAGCAAGGCGAGGCCGGACCCCCACCUCUCCAGCUCGCGCCGCAGGCCGGUGUCGAAGAGCUCCGACCACCACCACAAGCCCACCUCGGGCACCGGGAGCAGCAAGCGGCGAGCGCACCGGUCCGACCAGGACAAGUCCUGCCAGAACCUGUUUUAGACCGUGAGUGAGCUCGGGCGUCAGAGUUGUUGUGUAAUAACGAUGCUAGUGCUAUGUUGUGCUUGCGUGUGGUUGUUAUCUUGGUUGUCCUUUGGUUCUUGAUGGUUGAUUGCCUUCUGGAUGUAUGAACUCUGAUGGUUUGAUAUGUUUUUUCCUGGAGAGAUUCAGCCGUAAUGUUUCGCUCGUGGUUUCUGAA